AGCUCCCGGCAGCCUAGCGGAUUUCAGGGAGCUCAGACUCAGAAGAACCCCUGCGGAGAGACCCUUCCAGGACAGUCCUCACCGCGACGCUCCGCUACUGCAGACAGGAGCGCACAGUGCCCCGGCUCGCCGCGCCAUGGAGCGGAUCCCCAGCGCGCAACCGCCCCCCGCCUGCCUGCCCAAAGCGCCAGGACUGGAGCCCGGCGACCUACCAGGGAUGGAUUUUGCCCACAUGUACCAAGUGUACAAGUCGAGGCGAGGAAUGAAGCGGAGCGACGACAGCAAGGAGACCUACAAACUGCCGCACCGGCUCAUCGAGAAAAAGAGACGUGACCGGAUUAACGAGUGCAUCGCCCAGCUGAAGGAUCUCCUACCCGAACAUCUCAAACUUACAACUUUGGGUCACUUGGAAAAAGCGGUGGUUCUUGAACUUACCUUGAAGCAUGUGAAAGCGCUAACAAACCUAAUUGAUCAGCAGCAGCAGAAAAUCAUCGCCCUGCAGAGCGGUUUACAAGCUGGUGAGCUGUCGGGGAGAAAUGUCGAAGCAGGUCAAGAGAUGUUCUGCUCAGGUUUCCAGACGUGUGCCCGGGAGGUGCUUCAGUACCUGGCGAAGCAUGAGAACACUCGGGACCUGAAGUCUUCACAGCUCGUCACUCACCUCCACCGAGUGGUCUCGGAGCUGCUGCAGGGUGGUACCUCCAGGAAGCCGGCAGACCCGGCUCCCAAAGUGAUGGACUUCAAGGAGAAACCCAGCUCCCUGGCCAACGGCUCCGAAGGCCCUGGGAAAAACUGUGUGCCAGUCAUCCAGCGGACUUUCCCUCACUCAAGUGGGGAGCAGAGUGGCAGUGACACGGACACAGACAGCGGCUACGGAGGAGAAUCAGAGAAGGGUGACUUGCGCGGCGAGCAACCGUACUUCAAGAGCGAUCAUGGACGCAGGUUCACCAUGGGAGAAAGGAUUGGUGCUAUUAAGCAAGAAUCUGAAGAACCCCCCACAAAAAAGAGCAGAAUGCAGCUCUCAGAUGAUGAAGGCCAUUUCACUGGCAGUGACCUGAUGAGCUCCCCGUUCCUGGGUCCACACCCGCACCAGCCUCCCUUUUGCCUGCCCUUCUACCUGAUCCCACCCUCAGCAACUGCCUACUUGCCCAUGCUGGAGAAGUGCUGGUACCCCACCUCGGUCCCAGUGUUGUACCCGGGCCUCAACGCCUCCGCUGCAGCCCUCACCAGCUUCAUGAACCCAGACAAGAUCUCGGCCCCCUUGCUCAUGCCCCAGAGACUCCCUUCUCCCUUGCCCACCCAUCCGGCCCUCGACUCUUCUGCCCUGCUCCAAGCUCUGAAGCAGAUCCCCCCUUUAAACUUAGAAACCAAAGACUAAACUCUUUAGGGGAUCCUGUUGCUUUACUUUCCUUCCUCCCUACUUCCAAAAAAAAAAAUGUGUUUGUGAGUGCAGCGAGAUUGUUCCCGUGUGUGUGCCGAGAUAAUCUGAGGCAUGGAGAGAAAAUUCGGGGGGGGGGGGGGUGUGUGUGUGCGCGUGCGUGCGUGCACAUCGUGUGUUGGUGUAGGACAUUGAAGCUCCUUUUGGCGUAGGGAAGACAUGAAGGAUUGCCUGACAUCGGGAGGUUUGGGGGCUUGUCACAGACCUCUGGCUCUUCCCCACCCAGAGAAUAGCCCCCUCUGAUACAAAUCAGCUGGAUUUCCAAAAGCUUCAGACUCUUGGUGUGUGAGUCAGUCUUCGCUUUGGGAGCUGGGUCUUGUGGCUUUGAGAAAAAGGUACUUUCAAAAGAGGGCUUUCCAGAGUGCAGCUCCCAGCCAGCUCUUGUGACCCCACCCUUCUCCCUUUUAUUGUCUCCGUGACUCACCAUACAGGGAGAGGGCACCCAGACUGAGCUUUCUGCAAAGUGGUGAGGUAGCAGACACUGGCACAGCACGGCAGUGGUUUGGGGAGAUUUCCGCAGGUCUGCUCCCCACCCCUGCCUCGGAUGAAUAAAGAGAAUGUAGUUCCCUCCUCAGGCUUUCGUGGUUAGCUUACCGAGGAACUGGGCCCCCUGGUACAAGCCGAGCUGCCAGGGAAUGAGGGAGGAGUCCCUGGGGCCUCUGGCACCUGUUUCUAGGUCUCAUCUAGAAACAGUCUUGCUGUCCAGGGAACCAAACCACAGUCGGAGAGCUCCAGACGCCUAUUUCCCAGCACCCCAAAGUGCAUACAGCCAAGUAACUAAUUGCUGCCUUCAACAAGCAGAGCUGGAGUCCGUUUUCAGUUCUAUCUCCAAACUCCUUUCCACCAAGCUUAGCUUCUUAAAGGCCUAACAGGCCCUUGGCACAGCAAGAUCCUUUCUGCAGGCUGAUUCCCCUCGCCCGGUGGCAUCUGGAGUGGCCUGAUGGCUAAAAACGAUUCUGUCUCCUUCAAAGAAGUUUUAUUUUUGGUCCAGAGUACUUGUUUUCUGACUUGUCCAGCCAGCCCUGCACCAGCGUUUCAAAAAAUGCACUAUGCUUGAUCGCCGAUUGUGGUUUAACUUUUUCUUUUCCUGUUUUUAUUUUGGUAUAACGUCGUUGCCUUUAUUUGUAAAACUGUUAUAAAUAUAUAUUAUAUAAAUAUAUUAAAAAGGAAAAUGUUUCAGA